AUGAGUACUGAGGAAUGCCCACUUUUCACUGCAAAUGAACUAGAGGAGGAGGUCCUGACCAUGAAGAACAAAAAAGCACCCGGACCGGAUAGUAGUCCAAGCGAAGUGUUGUGUCAGGAAGAUGAAAAGAUGAAAGAUGCCGCUGUAGAAUGUGCAGCUGUUCCCAAUUCUUUAGUAUUUGUUGGUGCGAAACUAGUCGAAUCCCGCCGUUGGCGAUGUAAGUCAACGAAAGGAAAAGUUCCCAAGCCAGAUGUGAAGCCACCUCUCAGUCAUCCUAUCGGGCGGUCUUUCGGCACAUUCAAUAUAUACGAUUUUUUGCCUGUUGAAACUGGGUCACAAAUUGAGGGAACAUCUUAUGCAAAUGCGAAGGCUUUAGCGGUUCAAGGCUAUGCAACCGCUUUGAUUGCAUUCGGGGGAAUAUACAUUGAUCCAGAGGAAGAGUGGAAUAGUCACUUUUUAAACCGGGUCCUACAAGAGGGAAGAAAUCAUGUUCAAAACCUGUUAAAAGAACAUAGCGAAGACUUGCUAGAAGUCGAGCAGGUUCCUAGGUCCUUUAAUUUUUGUGGGAAUGCAAUGGAAAUUGGAGUUUCUCUACCUAUAAUUGUGGGAACGAUGAAGGCACCUAAUCCUAGGGUUUACAGCCUCAAAGUCGGACUUUGUAUGUUCAUGCGCAAAUAUAGGUACUGCUUACUCCGCGUUGAUGACCAAUUCUACCUCAUCUGGAGGAAACGUCCUGCCUAUUUUCUUUUUGAUUGCUACGGGAGAGGACCGAAUUGCUUCCGUGAUCCUGUAAAUGGAAGUGUGGCUUUGAUGUGUGUUUGCAACAUUGAUGGAAUCGACGCAUUGUUAACCCAUAUGUCGAGGAUCGGAUCAGAAUCAAUAUAUACUUUAUACGAAAUAAGGAUGACGCGGCUUACACCCUGUUGUGAACAACCACUGGUUCGCCGAGGAUCGGACAGGAAGCCAGAUUUUGAAAUGGUAUCAGAAAACCACGCCAUACUGCAAGGAAGCUAUCACAUUGCGACGAGUUGUUUCAAGGAAAGCCGUUUUAAGCAGGCAGUAGCAAUGGGGUUGAUAUCGAUUAUAUAUUCCAAAAUUGAUCCUCCAUGUACAUGGGAUGCGUCAAUCGUAGACAAGAUACUAUUCAAAGGUGACCAAUGCUAUAAAGAAUGGACACAAUUCAAUGCUGAGAUGUGUUUAGGGAUCGCAGACAUUCCCCGAAAAGUUUCGUUGGGCCAGUUCCUUGCCAAUAUAGUCAUUUUCCCUAUAGCGGUUUGCGGCAAUUGGAUUAACAUGCCGGACUAUGAAGCCUGUGAGAUUACUGGAGCUAUCAGGAACUUUUUCGAGAACCGUAAUUGUUCGAAUCUCCUAAUACAAGUGGAUCGCAGAGGAUAUGCCAUAUGGAAGCGCCACGACUUUUAUUACUUAUUUGACCCUUAUCCACGGAACAUCCUAUUGGCAACCAAAUAUGGGGAAAGGAAGAACGCGACACUUCACAUGUUUAACAAUUUGAAACAAUUAUGCUGUGUCUUUACCCAAAAUAUUAUCGACAUAUCCUUGCCGUGCAAAUUUUUUAUACACGUAGUGAAAAUCUUAGACCUAAAGAAAGUGAAUUUUCAGUCUUUGCCUGAAGACACAGCGGGUUCCUGUGUGAAUGACCAGUACACUAUGGACGUUCAAGAAACAGAGUCCUUGAAUGAAUCGAUUUAUGAUAUCCGAUGUGAACAGGCUUUUGAAUGUGCUGUUGAUGAAUUUGAUAUUGGCUACUGCGACCUGGAUGCUCCUCCUAUUUCUGAAACGCAGAAUCCUCCAGAGACUGAAAAAGUCAUAUUGAGUGAGUCUUCACUAACAUCCGAGGAUGAAGAUUUCAGAGAGGGUGAAGAGGAGGGAGAGGAGAUGGAGGAGGAAGAGCAAGAAGAGGAAGAAGAGAAAGAAGAUGAAUCUGAAGAAAGCGAAGGAGAAGAUACACCGAAGAAAAAACCAAAAGGCAGGAAACCUGGGAUGAAGAGGGCUAAAGGAAAAAGAGUAACCAAGGCCAGCGACACUUCUGAUGAGGAUGAGGAUAUGAGAGCGGAAAAAAAGGGCAUCAAUAAAGGAAAAAAUAAAAAGCCUGGGAAGAAGAGGGAUAGGGGAAAAAAGUCGACCAAACCCAGCGACACUUCUGAUGAAGAUGAGGAUGUGAGAGCGAAGGGGAAGGGCGGUCAUAAAGGAAAAAAUAAAAAGCAAGAUAAAAAGAAGGGAAAACGAAAGGGCGAAGAUGAUUGCGAUGGAGGUCCUUGUAGUUCUUCCGAUGACGACCAAAAAUCGGGAAAAAGUAAAAAUAAGGGUGGUAAGGGUAAAAGUAAAAAAUCCAGAAAGGAUAAAGAUGAUGAAGGUGAUAAAGAUAAAAAGCUGGGCAAGGGGGAAAGCAAAGGUAAAGAUAAGAACAAAGGUAAAGAUAAGGACAAAAAGACCGACAAGGAUAAGGAAAAAGAUAAGAGUGAGAAAAAAGAUGCUGACAAGAAAAAAGGAAAGGAUGAAAAUAAAGAUAAAAAGUCAGGAAAGAGUACGGCCGCAAGUUCUGCUGGCGAAGGCAAAAGUGGAGAAGAUGGAGGUAAAAAGAAACAUAAAGGCAAGGGCAAAGAAAAGGAAAAAGGCAAAGGUAAAAAUAAAGGCGAAGAUACGGGAAAAGGUAAAGCCAAGGGUAAAGAUAAAAGAGGAGAUGAAAGUAAAAAGAAAGGCAAGGAUAAGGGAAAGGACAAAGCUAUGGACAAACAAAAAAGGCCCAGUGAAGGAGAAGAUAAAAACAAGAGAAGUGAGAAAUCGGAAACCAGCAGUGAAACCCGUAGUAUUAUUUCGGAAGGACUAAGCAUACCCAGCCACGAAUCGAAGUGCAAAUUUCCACAAGGAACCGGAUGCAUACCAAAUAGCUAUCCGGGUUACACCCAUAUACCUCAUAACCUGGCAGUUGUUGGGUCGGAAUCAGGAUCAUACCAAAGCCUCUGUCAAUUGAUACGGACUGCAUUACAAGUAGCUGAUCGGGUUCUGACAAUGACUCCUUGGGGAAAUUACGUGGUAUUCAGGAGCAAGGAUAUUUACCUUCUUUAUGACGGUUGCACAUGCAAUCCAUGCCGUUUUCGUAAUAUCGACUUGGAAAUUGGCACUGCUGGUCUUCUUUGUUUCACCAGUUUACAUAAUUUAUUAAUGGAAGUAUUGAAGGGUAGGAACCGCCCACUAGCUGAUUCUAUGCGGUUGCCUACUGUAGAUGAAAUUUGUGCGAAAUAUUACUGA